CGGCGCCAGCGCCCUUUGGAGCUGGGCGGGGAGAGCGGGGCGGGCGGAGCGGGGAUGGCGGGGUGUCGAGGGCCGCAGGCGUAGCGCUCUCGCCCUGGCCAUGGAGCGGCCGGCGCCCGGCGAGGUUCUUAUGAGCCAGGCCAUCCAGCCGGCGCACGCCACUGCCCGCGGCGAGCUGAGCGCGGGGCAGCUGCUCAAGUGGAUCGACACCACCGCCUGCCUGGCGGCUGAGAAACAUGCUGGAGUUUCCUGCGUUACAGCCUCAGUGGAUGACAUACAGUUUGAGGAGACAGCUAGAGUUGGACAAGUUAUAACCAUCAAAGCAAAAGUUACUAGAGCAUUCAGCACAAGCAUGGAGAUCGGUAUCAAGGUCAUGGUGCAGGAUAUGGUCACUGGUAUUGAGAAGCUUGUUAGUGUGGCUUUCUCCACAUUUGUAGCCAAACCAGUUGGAAAAGAAAAGAUUCAUUUAAAACCAGUCACACUUCUAACUGAACAAGAUCAUGUGGAACAUAAUCUGGCUGCUGAGAGAAGGAAAGUUCGAUUACAACAUGAAGAUACCUUUAACAAUUUAAUGAAGGAAAGUAGCAAGUUUGAUGAUCUCAUUUUUGAUGAAGAGGAAGGAGCGGUUUCCACAAGGGGCACCUCCGUUCAGAGCAUUGAACUGGUCCUCCCACCCCAUGCAAACCAUCACGGAAAUACAUUUGGUGGCCAGAUUAUGGCUUGGAUGGAGACAGUGGCUACUAUUUCUGCAAGCCACCUGUGUUGCGCACAUCCCUUUCUGAAGUCCGUAGAUAUGUUUAAGUUCCGGGGACCAUCUACGGUUGGAGAUCGUCUUGUCUUCACUGCCAUUGUCAACAAUACAUUUCAGACCUGUGUUGAAGUUGGAGUUCGCGUGGAGGCCUUUGACUGUCAGGAAUGGGCCGAGGGCCGAGGGCGUCACAUCAACAGUGCUUUUCUCAUUUACAAUGCUGCUGAUGAUAAGGAAAAUCUCAUCACGUUUCCCAGAAUCCAACCCAUUUCAAAGGAUGAUUUUAGACGCUAUCGGGGAGCUAUUGCACGCAAGAGAAUUCGCCUAGGCAGAAAAUAUGUUAUUUCCCACAAAGAAGAGGUUCCACUUUGCGUACACUGGGAUAUCAGCAAGCAGGCAUCCCUGAGUGACAGCAAUGUGGAGACCCUCAAAAAACUGGCAGCCAAAAGGGGUUGGGAGGUUACCAGCACUGUGGAAAAGAUAAAAAUAUAUACUCUGGAAGAGCAUGAUGUUUUAUCUGUUUGGGUUGAAAAGCACGUGGGAAGUCCAGCACAUUUGGCUUAUUGUCUCUUGUCUGACUUUACAAAGCGACCUUUGUGGGACCCCCAUUGUGUGUCCUGUGAAGUCAUAGACUGGGUGAGUGAAGAUGAUCAGCUGUAUCACAUCACCUGUCCUAUACUGAAUGAUGACAAACCCAAAGACUUUGUAGUACUGGUAUCACGAAGAAAACCUCUCAAAGAUGGUAACACUUACACAGUGGCAGUGAAGUCGGUCAUUUUGCCAUCGGUCCCCCCAUCUCCACAGUACAUCAGAAGUGAAAUCAUAUGUGCCGGAUUUCUCAUCCAUGCUAUUGACAGCAAUUCAUGCAUCGUAUCUUACUUUAACCAUAUGUCUGCUAGCAUCCUUCCUUACUUUGCUGGAAAUCUUGGUGGCUGGUCAAAAUCCAUUGAAGAAACAGCAGCCUCUUGUAUACAGUUCUUAGAGAAUCCUCCUGAUGAUGGGUUUAUAAGCACAUUUUAAAUGGUCAGCUUCCAAUGACCGGUAAUUUAAUUUCCCACUUUUAAUUCCAAGCACCCUUAGCCCUGACAUCUGUCAAGCUUUUGGGCCACAAAAUAAUUUAAUAUAAGCCUAAGCAAAAUGCAGUGAAGAAGUUAAAAAACAAAAUGCAUCUUAAGUCAAAUACCAGUGAUUUGGAUUAGCAUUAAAAGAGCUUUAGAAUUCCGUUCUAAGUCGUCUGUGGCUCUGCCUCUUCCAGGGGCACAGAUAGUGGAAAAUUGCCUGUAUGCAAUACUGUGUGUUCUAUAAAAUGGCAUGAAUUUAGUUUAAAUUAUCAUAAACAUUUUUAGGUUACAGAGGUGAAACGUGUUCUGUGUGAAAUUCAAAAAAAAAAUUAUAAAAUCUAAAAUGAUGAUUUGCUAAGUUGACUCGUUGAUUAAUGUAUGGCAUUCUUCCUUGUGCAGCAGGUGUCUAUAUGUCAGGAGCAUUUGACAAGAUGUAUUACAUAGUCUAGAGAUUUAAAUUAGGGAGACAUUAAAGCAUAAUGGAAUCCGAUCAAUUUUAGUAAUAAGAACAACUUUACUUGUGUCAUUUAACAUAUAUUCCAGGUGGCUGACCAAUUUAGUGUCUAUUGCUCCAAUAGACACACAAGGUACCUGCAAAGUGUAAUAUUACAGAGAAAGAAAAUAUUGACUGAGAUCUCUUUCAUAACCAUUACAUUAGCACUUUAUUCUGUAGACUUCAACAUUCAUUAUUCUCCUCUGUGAUUUGUCUUAACUCAUGAGACAAGCCAGAACAUGGCAAGCUAGCCUCCUCUCAAGGACACAUUUUAAAAGUUGAAGGAGUCUCCACUAUUGGUGGGAGCACUUAACAGAUUAGAUGCAUCCUGCUGUUAGUUUGCUAAAGUUCUACCUCUGCUCCCCCUACCCACCCUCACCCAUCUAUUCACACAAGGUAAGCCUGGUUAUAAUUAUUUUCAUUUUUCUUGUGCCAGCAAGUUUUCAUUUACAUGAACUUUGGACUGUUCUGUAAUUUUAUACAUUAACAUUUAUAUAUGUAAGAAGAGUGGAUAUGUGGAUCAAAAUAAUUAUAUAUUAUAUUCCA